AACAGUCGAGCGGUGAUGCUGGCCUGUACGGGGCCUGCUCCGAGCCUCGCCCCGGGCUUCCCGGCUCACGCCUUGUCAGCCAGUAUCCCUGGAAGCUCAAAUGUGGCUGCUGGCAGUAAUCGUCGGCUUCAGCAGACUCAACACCAAGUAGAUGAGGUUGUUGACAUCAUGAGAGUGAAUGUGGACAAGGUAUUGGAGCGAGAUCAGAAGCUAUCAGAGCUGGAUGACCGUGCUGAUGCACUGCAAGCAGGAGCUUCCCAAUUUGAGACCAGUGCAGCCAAGCUGAAAAGGAAGUAUUGGUGGAAGAACUGUAAGCUGUUGGCAAAGGUUGGAGUCAUGUUUGAUGUGGGCAAUAUUGAUAGCUGUUGUUGUCAUUAUCAUCAUCAUCAUCAUCGUCUCAACUGCUUCAUGAGUUACAGGAAGAAACUCAGAUCAACUGAAGGUGCCUCUGAAUCUUCAGCCUCUCCACUUCAAACCUGCUGCAUUUUCAGUCCAUUUACUGCUGUUUAAAGCAAAACUAUUUUCAUUACUGAAAUGUUAACUAACUUUACUGGUUGCCUUAAGACACUCCUGCCAUUAAUUACUAACAAGCACAGCUCACCACUUGCACAGUGCCUUAAUAAAGUGGGGUGCAGA